UCCGUUGCAUAGCCUUGUCAUUAAGAAAAAGCAGCAGGAGUGGGAGGUUGUGGACCUCUUCUCAUCUUUGUGCACACUGUUUUGGACCCAGGGAUGAGACAGUCCCAACAACAGUGAGACCCACAGCACUCAUGCUUUCUCUCUCCCCUCCACUUCACCCUCUGACUUACACUCACUGCUCUCCUUUGGAUUAUUGCUUUGUUCCGAUGCUGAAGACACAUGUGGACGAUUGAGAGGAGAAUCUGCAAGGAGGAUUAACUCUGCAACAUUUUUUUGAACCAACAUUUUUAUUGAAGUUGGUUUUAUUUAUCAUCUCAUCUGUAUGAGGUUUCCUUCAGCUGGAAUAAUGCCUUUGUGCUGGAGUAGAAGCUCCUGGUUUCCUGUGGUGAUUGGUGCUGCGCUGGUUGUUCUUGCUGCUGGUAACGCUGGACCGAACCAGGACAGGAGGCAGGCUGGGUCGUCCUCAUGCUUUGGAGGCUUUGAUCUUUACUUUGUUUUGGACAAAUCUGGGAGUGUACAGAAUCACUGGACCGAAAUCUACCACUUUGUUGAACAUCUAGCUCAUAAAUUCAUAAGUCCACAGUUGCGAAUGUCCUUCAUUGUGUUUUCCACUGAGGGAAGGAUCUUAAUGAGCCUGACAGAAGACAGGGAACGCAUUCGCAAAGGUCUGGAGGAGCUCCAGAGGGUACGUCCCGGGGGAGACACCUUCAUGCAUGAGGGCAUCCUCAGGGCCAGCGAGCAGAUAUACUAUGGAAACACUGAAGGUUAUCGCACUGCCAGCGUUAUCAUCGCUCUCACAGACGGAGAGCUGCACGAGGAUCUUUUCUACUACGCUGAGAGGGAGGCCAACCGCUCCCGAAGCCUGGGUGCCUCAGUUUACUGCGUGGGGGUGAAGGACUUCAAUGAGACACAGCUGGCAAAGAUUGCUGACAGUAAGGACCAUGUCUUCCCUGUAAACGACGGAUUUGAGGCCUUGCAGGGGGUCAUCGACUCGAUCCUGAAGAAGUCUUGCAUCGAGAUCCUGGCGGCAGAGCCCUCGAGUAUCUGCGCAGGAGAGUCCUUCCAAGUGGUGGUGAGAGGAAAUGGCUUCCUCCACGCCCGCAACGUCGAUAAGGUCCUGUGCAGCUUCCGCAUCAACGACACCGUGACGAAGAUGGUGAAGCCUUUGGUUGUGGAAGAUACGUAUCUCCUCUGCCCUGCACCAGUGCUUCAAGAUGAGGGGAUGGCAGCAAACCUUUAUGUCAGUAUGAACGAGGGUCUCAGUUUCAUCUCCAGCUCGGUCACCAUUACCACUGUGGGCUGUUCUGAUGGGACCAUCCUGGCCAUCGCUCUGCUCAUCCUGAUGCUGCUCCUGGUCUUGGCUCUCCUCUGGUGGUUCUGGCCUCUCUGCUGCACUGUGAUCAUCCAUGAACCCCCGCCGCCGGCUGUGGAGGAGAGUUCGGAUGAUGAAGACUUUGAAGCCCCCAAGAAGAAAUGGCCGACUGUUGAUGCCUCCUACUACGGAGGAAGAGGAGUUGGGGGAAUCAAAAGGAUGGAGGUUCGCUGGGGCGAGAAAGGCUCCACUGAAGAAGGAGCAAAGCUGGAAAAGGCCAAAAAUGCCAAAGUGAAGAUGCCAGAGCAGGAGUACAUGCCGCCGCCCAUGCGGGUUCUCAACAACGGCAUGCACAAACCCCCGGGGCCGCGCAAGUGGUACUCACCCAUCAAGAGCAAACUGGACGCACUGUGGGUGCUUUUAAGAAAAGGCUAUGACCGUGUGUCUGUAAUGAGACCUCACCCAGGCGACAAGGGCAGAUGCAUGAACUUCACUCGCAUCAAGUCUCCACCUCCUCACUACCCACACUACAACCACCAACCGUCUCCCAUCUACAACCCUCCACCUCCACCAAAGGGCACCCUCCCACCGACCCCCGGCAGCCCUCCAUCGUCUCCAUCAUUCUCCACCUCCAACCUUCCACUGCUGCCUCCGACACCUCCUCCCACCUCUAACAGUCCCUCCCCUCCCCUCACGCCUCCCCCCUACACGCCACCUCCAAACCGAGCUCUUCCCCCGACCCUGCACAUACCUGCCCCGCCGGCGCUCCCGCCCACCCCUCCGCCCUCUGCCUCCCCCACCUGCUCCCUGCCUCCUCCACCGCAGGGACCUCCUCCGGGACGGGCCCCUCCACCUGCCCGCCCGCCGCCUCGCCCUGGCCUGUAGAGCAGGCAGGAGAGAGUUUAACAGGAUUUAAAAAGGCAACUCAGAGCCCCCCCCCAGCAAUCAGCACAUGACCAUCCUUGAUUGUACCUGCAAGCGAGGACACGCAAGUGCCUCGUGCGGCGCUCGGUGGGCCGAGGCCUUUCUGCCCUGUGAAGUGGAGCAGUGAGGACUUGUUUCCAGCUAUUUGUCUACACUGACUUUUGUACACAUUUAGCCCGACAGUGCAAUUGCUCUGAUGCUUGAAUUACACAGACAUUCCCUACAAAUGAGGUCAUGCGGGCCGGCUCAAAAACAUUCGCCUCCGUGGUCCUCAGAGCUGCCUCAGGCCCUGUUGUCCCCUCCAUGAGCUCACAAGAUUGGAUGAAUCCCGGCCAAGCAGAGGACCGAGCAGUGCUAACGCCUCUGUAUGAAGGCCCUCAACAAGGAGCACAGAUGUGUUCGAAACGAUCAUGACACUAAAGUACGUGCAUCUGCAACAGUCGUAUCUUUUCCCGAUCAGAGACAAAAGACUCGUAUUGCAAAUGUUCCACACACAGCAGAUCUGGACGAAUCUGAAAAGCCCCGUUUUUGUACUCUUGUUGAGCAAUUGCAUGCAGUAGCGUUUGAGUCAGCAUUUUGUUCUUUUUAUAACGUUUCUACCUUGUUUUAUACAACAUAUUUUUUAUUUGUACUUUUAGCAUCAAGUAGAUCACAUUUUCUGAGUUUUCAUUUUUUGCGGUUAGAUAUUUUCUGGUAAACACAUGUACAGAAAGUGUAUUGAAACAGCGAUGCAAUGUAUCUGAACUUUUGACUUCUGUAUGAAACCAGACUGAAGCGAGUCAUAGCUGGCCUAGUUUUUGUGCACACCAGAGAAAACACUAAAUUGGGGUUUAGACACUAAAUUAGCCUUAUUACUGUGACUGACCUGACCGAGAUGACUGCAAUCGCAGCGACAGCUGUGGACAAAAUGUGGACAAAAACAUGUCAGAGUCAGGGAAAAGCUUUGCACAUCGUCUCGCUCAUCCGCCCCCGGCCUCUAGCAAUAUGUGUAAAUAAUCAUUUGAUAUAACCAUGUGUGUUCAGAUAUCUGUGUGUGUGUGUGAGUGUGUGUGCGUCAGGAAGAAAGACUAGUCUACUAUAUGUAUUUGUGACAGCGCUCCCGCAGUAAACCGACCUGGGCCAGUAUGCCAGUUUCAUCAACUCCAACAAAAUGACCUCUGGGACAUUGCAUUGUUUCAUGGGUCACUCAGUUAAAUAAAAGGUUCAUAUGAAGCUGUUCUUUGAUGGUGAUCAGAAGUGUCUCAGCAGAAUGCACAUCACAUGCUCAUCCUUAAGCAAAGAGUCUUAUAUAAAUGUCAUGACAUAACUGAUAAGGCUGUAUGUAACUUUCCACCAAUACAGUAU